AUGAAGUACCUCCUCGGCACCCUCGGCCUCGCCGCUGCCGUCGCAGCCCAUGGCUACGUUGACAACGCUACGAUUGGCGGCCAAGUCUACACGUUCUACCAGCCAUACCAGGACCCUUACAUGAGCCCGGUUCCCCAGCGCAUAUCUCGUCCUAUCCAGGGCAAUGGCCCCGUCACCGACGUCACGCUUUCGGAUCUGCAGUGCGGCGGAUAUACUGCAGGCGGCAUCAGCGGGUCUUCGCCUGCUGCUCUUCAUGCCGCCGCUGCUGCCGGGUCUGAGGUCCAGCUCCGGUGGACGCUGUGGCCCGAUAGCCAUGUGGGGCCUGUCGUGACGUACAUGGCCAGGUGCCCUGAUGCAGGCUGCAAUAGCUACAUGCCAGGGACUGCAGCUGUGUGGUUCAAAGUCAAGCAAGAAGGGCGAACCGGUACAUCGAACACCUGGGGCGAUACUCCACUCAUGACCGCCGGACAUGCGGCAACCUACACCAUCCCGAAUUGCCUCAAGCCGGGCUACUAUCUAGUCCGCCACGAGAUCAUUGCGCUGCAUUCCGCGUAUGAGUAUCCCGGCGCGCAGUUCUAUCCCGGGUGCCAUCAGCUUAAAGUGUCCGGAUCUGGAACCACCACGCCCAGCAGCCUCGUCGCGUUUCCCGGUGCCUACAAGGGCAGUGAUGCUGGUAUCACAUAUGAUGCUUACAAAGCUACUACGUACACUGUUCCUGGUCCGGCGGUUUUCACCUGCUAG